GAUGGCUCAUGCUCUCCCUCUCCCCAUACCUUGUCCAGUCCAGCUUGGUACUAUCAAAAGUGAUUCCUUGGAAGCACAACUGCAUGAAUAUGUUAAACAAGGAAACUAUGUUAAAGUGAAAAAAAUCUUGAAAAAAGGUAUUUGUGUUGACACAACUAAUUCCUUGGGCCAGACCGCUUUGUUUACUGCUGCAUUGCUAGGACUUGGUAAAUUAGUAGAUGUGCUCUUGGAGUAUGGAUCAGACCCAAAUCACCGCUGUUAUGAUGGCAGCACCCCAGUACAUGCUGCAGCAUUCUCAGGAAAUCAAUGGAUUCUCAGUAAGUUGUUGGACGCAGGAGGUGAUCUGCGAGUACAUGAUAAAAAUGGAAGAAAUCCACAGUACUGGGCUAUGUCAGCUGGCAAGGAAAGUAGUGCUCAGAUGUUAGAAUUUAUACGGCGUUGUGCAUCACACAUGCAAGCUGCAAUUCAGAAUUUCCCUUCUGAUUUACUUAGGAAGGUUGGUUCAUCAAAAGUACUUGUCUGCACCCCAUCUCUGUUUGGUGGCAUUUCUCAAGGAACUGCUGACAGUGCUCUGGCUAAACUUCUAAAAGGUGGAGCGAAUUCAUUAAGAAACAUCUACAGUUUUGGGUUUGGGAAGUUUUAUCUAACAGGCAGUACACAGCUUGGGUACCUGGCAUCUCUACCUAUCAUUGGAGAUAAAGAAGUGUUUCAGGCAGAUGAUGAGCCAACAUUCUCUUUCCACACUGGACCAUACAUGAUCAUGACAAACUUAAUGUGGGGCAGCAGCAGAGUUACAGUGAAGGAGCUCAGCCUUAAGCCACAUCAGAAUUGCAGUAAGCGACGUUUAGCUGAUCUUUUAAUAGCAGAACAGGAAUAUAGCAGUAAACUUCGUCAUCCUCAUUUGCUGCAGUUGAUGGCAGUUUGUCUGUCCAAUGAUCUGGAAAAAACUCGUUUGGUAUAUGAGAGAGUUAACUUUGGUUCGCUAUAUAGCAUUCUACAUGAAAGGCGUUCAGAAUUUCCAGUAUUGCACAUGGAGACAAUUGUGCAUCUACUGCUUCAGGUUAAUGAUGCUUUGAGGUUUUUGCAGUCACGUGGAUAUAUCCACCGUUCCCUCACCUCUUAUGCUGUACAGAUUGUUUCUGCUGGUGAGGCAAAGUUAACCAACUUGGAGUACAUGAUAGAAAGCAAGGAUGGAGGAGACCACAGUGAUCUCACACGUGUUCCUGUCCCAGCCCAGCUGUAUAGGUGGUGUGCUCCUGAAGUGAUCCUCGAAAAGGCCACCACAGUCAAAUCAGACAUUUACAGCUUCUGUAUAGUAAUGCAGGAAGCCCUAACAGAAACUCUUCCCUGGAAUGGACUUGAAGGCUCAGGUAUUAAAGAACUCAUAGUUUCUGGGCAACAUUUGGAAACUGAUGUCAGGCUUCCUAAACCAUACUAUGACAUUGCAAAGACAGGUCUAGAGCCUAAACAAAAGGACCGCUCCAUGAGUCUCCAGGAUAUUCGCUAUAUAUUGAAGAAUGACUUAAAGGACUUGAUUGAAACUCGAAUGGGUCACUCUGAUGAAAGCUCAACUGCACAAAAGCAUGACAUAUUUUCAGAUAUAAACAUCUGUUUGCUGUCCACAUCUAAUUACAAGAGGGAAACGCUAAAGCUGCAAGGAGAGGCGAUAGCAAAGACUGCUGUCAGCUUUACUGCACCAAGGACUAUAACUUGCAUUCAGCCAGUUACACUGGAUGUCAGCCAAGAUAUAGCUUCUGAAUACCAAAGGACCGACAAUGUUAGCGAUAUGGAUGACAGCCUGUGUAGUUUUGAAAUCAAUGAAAUCUAUGCAUGUUAUCCAGAAUUACAUGAAGAUAUUCCGGAAGAACUAGAUGGAUUAGAUCGUGCUUUGAAAGAUGAAACAAAACAGCAAAAUGUAGAUGAAGACAGGGCUCACUCCCAGAUCCUACCUCCACCUCCUAAAAUACAGUUAGUGGAGCAGCCAAACUAUAGUGAGGAAGGCAGCUCUUCCAAAAUGGGUACAGAGUACAGUCUAGAGGAGGGAGAGAGACUAAGUGAGGCCUCAGAGCCAUGCCUGCUGCGCCAGUUGGGAGCAGAUGUAAGGGAAAGCGUGCGUAGCCCAUCCAAAACUGAGCAGCACAUCAGCAAAUGUGUCCUUAAUCUCAAGAUUUCUCAGACCUUAUUGCAACAAGCAACAGAUUCCCUUUACAGAACAGGGAUGAAAUUAGACAAAUUAGAGACCGUUCAAACCCAACACAAGCUGCUUAAGAAAAUCCAAGAAAAGCAGGUUUCUAAGCAGAAGUCCAUAGAGAGUUACUUAGAUAAAAUUGAUGAUAUUCUCAAAAAUAUCAAGAUUCCCUUUUCAGGAGCUAAUGCUUUUUUGUGGAAGGCAGUAGGCCCUCCAUCAAGGAACUACAUACCACCACCCCUGCCACUGCCUGGGGAGUGCAGGGCUUGGGAACUUGACCAUUUCCAGGCUAUCUCAGAAGCUGUGAAGGAAUCCAGGAAAGUUCAGAGUCAGAUGAUUGAGUGCUUUGAGGAGAAGCGUAAGAAUAAAGAUGAUGACUGCCAGAGUGAUUUCAGCUCCAGCAUGGUGAUGAGCACUGAGGCUCAAGUAGCGCCAGAUUAUCAGCAGUUGCAUCCACAUGUAGCUGUAAGAUGGGAAAAAAAUGUCAAUUUGCAGUACCAUAGAGGAACCGAUUCAAAUUCUGGAGGAAGUGGAAUUAAGGAAGAGACAUGGUUUUUCCCAAAAUCAGUUUCUGAAAUUUAUAACUCAAGGAGAUGGGAGGAGCGAAGGAUGGUGCAGUCAGAAUGGGCAACUGAAGUGAAACAAAUGGCUAAAAGAGCGGCGUCUGGGCAGCUGGGACUUCUCCCUCCAUAUCCACCGAGUGAAUGCACUUCAGAGAGCGAGGCAGAAAGCAUGAAGGAAGCCUUUCCACAUGUAACCUUCAGGGGCCAGGAAAGUGCUGGCUGGCAGAGAAGGGAUGGCAGGUGGCACGCAGGCGAUGGAACUGAAACCUGGGAUCUGAGCAGGAAGAUGGACGAGUCGGAGGAGAGUGACUUGGAGUCUGUUUUGAGACCUUUUGUAGGCAGAAGUUGGCAGUCCCUAGCAAAAGAUGAGCAAGCGGAGUAUGGAGCAAACCUUCCUAAGAAUUCAAUCAGUCCAACAAAAGCCGAGGAUACCUGUUGUGAGCAUUCAAGUGAAUUAACUCGUUCCUCCAAUUCCUCUCCUGACAUAUCAGAUGAGUUUUUCACUCCUGAUCCGGAUUAUUUUUUUUCUCCAGCAGCUCAGGGAAACUCAGAACAAGAGAUCUCAAGUUCUGAAGAUGAGUUAGAAGUAACCCAAGAAACCUGUGUACAGAAACCGGUGCCUAGUGAUACAGAGUCAGGAGAGAAAAUAUUUCUCUGCAACACAGCAGUAAAAAACCGUGGCAGUAAUGAAGUGGGAGUGAAUCAACUCAACCAUACUCCAGUAGCCAGUGCUGAAGCAUCACAAGAAAUUAUACCUAAGGAGACACUGAAAGAGUUCAAAGAGAAAGAUAUAUCAUUGACAGAUAUUCAGGAUUUGUCCAGUAUUUCAUGUGAGCAAGAGAAUUUUUGUAAGGAUAUAAUUUGUAAAACCCCCAGAAUGGAUCAUGCACCAACUAGUGUCAGCACUCCACUCAGCCCAGUGAAAAAGGUGUCAUCAGUCAUCAAGAAAUGUGGAGACUGCCAUGAAAUUCCCCUGGAUACCUCUUGUUGGGCUACUCAGGAAGCUUCCAUAACAAUGUCCAGUAGCUUCAUUACAGCCCAUGAAAAGGGAAAGAACUCAGAAACCACCUUCCUUUCUUCUGAAACCUACUCCUCUGGAUUGACUGAGCCUAGUGGUUUGUCUACACUCAGUGCUUCUUCACUUUUGAGAAAGGCCAGGAAAGAAUCUCGUAACCCAUUUCCUGUCACUCAGCAAAGUGACCCACGGAAAGGUGAAUCGAGCCCAGCUUUAUCCCGGGCAUCAGACUACUUUAUUAAUGAGUUGCCUCCACCAGCCCAGGAGUUACUGGAUGAAAUUGAAAAUUUAAAGCAACAUGAUGCCACCUAUAAGGACUUUGAGGAGAAAAAAUCCCAUACGCACAAUAUGCCAAUGAAUGUUCUCACUCAGAUUAAUCCAGAAGACAAAGAGGAGGAAGAAGAAUUUGAGAAUAAGGGAGAGGUAGAUCACAGCUUAUGGAAUAAAGAGAUAUUGAAUCUAGCAGAAGAAACAGAAAGGGCUCAUUCUACUCUUGAUGAUCUCUUAGAAAGAAUUCUCCAACCAAUUCCUGAGGAUGACGAAGUCCAAGGAGAACCUCAGGGACACCUUGUUAGGGCAACAAACGUUAAAGAUCAAGGAGAUGAUGAAAUGGAAAAUGGAAUAGAGGAAGGUGGCACCAUGGCAGAAAGCAGAAAGACCGAAAGCUGUGCAGGGAAUACUGAAGUUAUAAAUCCUGAGGAUCAGAAACCCAGCUUAUGGCAGCGACUGCCUUGGCCUUCUCCAUUCAGGGUAAUUGUCCUGGAUCAGAGCAGCGCAUCUAAGUGAUCAAAGUAGAUAACAUAUAAACCUUCAAUAAAUUGUUUGGUAUCUUCCUCUUAUACGGUACCUGUGAUGUGCAAUGCUGUUCACCAAAUGACUCAUUUUAUAGUUCUCAGACUUCCUUUAAUUAUAAUAAUCAAUACAAGAGACUGAAUGGUUUGCUCUCCAAGUACAUCUGGUAUAUUAAGUUUUGGUUCAUUUUUAUUUAGCUAGCAAUCACUUAUAAAUGAGAGGCAGCACUCUAAAUUAUGUUGCAAAAUUGAAUUGUUUUCUAAAUAUAACUGUGCCUAUUAAGCUUUCUACAGCUUUGUUUUCUCUCUAGCAUGCACAUUCGCUUUCGUAAAUGAAAGCACUUCUUGCUCUGUUGCAUUAUGCAGUUUUUUGUUAUUGACAAAAAUGAGUCUUUUUAUAUUGCUGCUGCUGCCCUUGCUCUUCUUAACUUUUCAGUGCCAAGGAAUGGAAGGUGGUGUUACAGCUCAUGUGAGCAUUGCUUUGUUUGCUCAUUAGAUUUGACAAGAUAAUUUCUUGUCUUCUCAUUUUGUGGAAUUCUUGUUUUAUAAAUUGGACUGACUGAAAUGAUUUAGAGGAUUUAUCUUUGUGCAAAAGUGAAUAGCUGAGAAAAAAAUCAGUACUGUCCAGGUACUACGAAGGCAGUAGAACAGAUAUGGCUAUCUUCUAGUGUGGCUGUUGUGACUGAGCCAUCGCCCAUCCAAAAAAAAAAAAAAAGUCCUAUGAAUUUAAUUGGGCACCCAACCAGGUUCUAAAGGUGCACAACUGCUUUAGAAUCAAAUAUCUGUUCCACAGCUCUACUCUGGUUCAGUAACCCUGAGAAGGUUAGAGCUGCUGCUGGUUACUUCAGCAUAAAUGUGCCACUUUGUGUUAGCUUUUUAGCUGCACAUGAUUUUUUUUGUGCACAUCAUGAGUUUCUUUCUCCCUCUCCUGAUUACAGUGAAAUACUGUACGUGCCUGUAGCUGUUAUAUGGGUUCACUUAUCUUAAUGUUAACAAGAAUAAUAAAAAUCUUCUGAGUUUA